AUGCAAGCAUUUAGACGAUUAUUCAAGCUCUCAGUUCCAAUGAGAGAAGCUGUACAGGAAACAAGCGUGCAAUACAAAAUAGCUGUACCUGCCCCAAAGAUACCUGCUGGAAAGAAAGUCAAAGUUAAAGGAGAAGUUUGGGCAGCUUUAGCAAACUAUAAAGCAGCAAUGGCAAAGAAGAGCAUAAAAGAAAAACUGUAA